GAUAAGUUUGCCUUAUACUGCGAUCAAAUUACGUCAAAACUUCCGCGUCGCCUAAUGUAGUAAUCAAAAGAGGAAUGCAGAGACUAGCUUCUUCAUUGCAAAAGCAAACAAAAACACACUUUUAUUGACAUCACAAAUAAGAAAACAACAGAAUCGGAAUUUUAAUCUUGGAUUUUAAUGGAGAAAACCGAUAAAUUGAGUGUUUCUCUUUAUCUGGAACAAAUAGUUAUCAUGCAUUAAACCAGACUGAGACAAAAAAGGAUCACGCAUUAACUAAUAUUCGUUUUACUUCCUAGUUCCUGGUCACAAAACAACUGGCACGUACUUUGAACGCUGUAAACAUGGAAGAAGAUUAAAGUCAUAACAAGAGGAGUUUCGUACCCAAAAAAUGUUUUAUUCACACAUUAUUGUAACUUUUUUUGUUUUAAGUACUGGAAUCAUUUCCGCAGUCGUGUUGCCUAAACAGCAUUGUAUGAAAAUGGGGUCAAGUAUACUGAAAUGCAAUUAUAUACCACUGGAAUUAAAUUCGACAGUGAAAACCUUUAUAUUAGAAGACGCUGAUGGAGUGCAUUUACAAUUUGUUGGUGACACUUGGCGUGAACUUCAGAAUCUGAGAAUGGAGUUAAAACUGGAUACAACAAAUCUUGUUUAUCCAUUCAUGGAGAUCAAGCCUAACACUUUUAUCAACCUUACUCAAUUGACUAAACUCGGUAUUCAUUCUCGCAAUGCGUCUUUCUCUAAAGGUGCGUUUAAUGGUCUAGCGCAUUUAAAAGUUCUUGAUUUAGACAAUUGUCCACGAUUGUCAAUUGAAACUUUAGUGUCUGCACUGAAAAGUAGCGACGUCAUGCAUAAUUUGGAAACAUUGUCUCUGGACUGGAUGUUUUCGUGGGAAUCGCCACAAUAUAUGAGAUGGACUGAAGACGUGUUCUUGACAUUAUCUCGAAUGCCUUUGAAAGAAAUCGUAGUGACUAACACUGGGAUAAAUUUUAAUUUUCAACAUUUCGAAUAUUUAGCAAAAUAUUUGGAAAUUGUAAACCUUCAUGACUCCACAUUUAGCUACCAGGAGCCGGAUUUGCCUGGAGAUUUUCUUCGCAUGGAGAAUUUAAAAGUUUUGAAUGCAAGCUUCACGAAAGUUGAUGGUCAAAAUGAUAUAUUUGGCAUGUUUAAUCAUAUUCCAGUCAUGUCUAAUGCUAGUGUUGUGAUAAAGAUUCCGCCAAUACUAGAAACUUUAGAAACUCUGGAUGUAAGUGGAGCUCUCCAAAGUCCAUUAAAACACAAAAUGAUGAAUAUAAAAUUGAUUUUUAAAUGGAAUGAACACAGAUGGAAGCCUAAGGACCUAAGCUUAAAAAACAACGAUCUGCUGUAUGUCGACGUUACGAUGGAAACUCCACAGAAUAACACUUUCAGGUACAUUGACCUUUCCGAAAACAAAAUGGAAUAUAUUUCACCUACUUGGUUUGCUACAAGCUCGAUGACUAUUACGAUUAUUGACUUGUCAGGAAACAGAUUGGAUAUAAUGUUUCGGGAAAACAGUCAAGUGUUUUGUUCUUUAUUCCGUAACCUUAUAAGGCUUGAAACUCUUAAAAUGUCCGAUAAUAAACUGCAUUCGAUUCCAACAAAUAUGUUCGUAUCAAAUACCAAUCUUCAAUAUUUGGAUUUGUCGAAUAAUAAACUCACCCAGAUUACGUUUAAACUAGAAAUACUGAACUACGGACUGUAUUUAGAUAUGUCGGGAAAUCGGUUUUCGAAUCCUGAUAAAAAGUCCCUUGAUCGGCUGAAGAAUAUAGAAACUAUUAUAAAUAGAAACAAAACGGGAAAUAACAAUGAAAUACAACUGAAAGACAACACAUUUGCCUGUCAAACGUGUGAAAAUAAAGAUUUUAUAGAAUGGGUUUCGCAAACAAGUUUGGUUAAUUUGAUAAAACAGCAGCUAACUUGCUUUACUGAGAAUAGCCAAAAAGAAAAUAUUUCUUUUAAAACAUAUCAACGCUUGAGCAUCUUAUGUGAUACGCCUGCAAGGAAAGUCCGAAUAAUUUUGUUGGUAACAAGUUUGGUUGUCUGCAUUAUCAUUUGCACAUUAACUGGCAUAAAAGCAUACCGCAAAUUUUCUAGAAAACAAGCUGAUUUGGUAAAAUUACGAGAACGGAUAAAACAGAUUAAAGAAAACAAAUAUUCUAAACAAUAUUUGGUUUUUCUAUCAUAUUCCAACAAAGAUGAAGAGUUCAUAGACAAUAAUGUAGUUCAUGGUUUAGAAAAGGCACUUGUCACAUAUAUUGGAACAAAUAGAGAGCUUAUUUGUCGAGGGGACCUCCAUUUUAGGAUUGGCCAUAACAUUUGCAACGAAAUGGAGAGAUUAUUUGUCAAGUGUAGCGCGAUGCUUGUAUUUGUAACAGAGAACUUCUGCAGAAGUCAGUUUUGUAAAAGAGAGUUUGAAUUUGCAACGGCGAUGAAGAUUCCUGUAAUUUUAAUGUUAAAAGAUGAAGUAGAUGUUGACGUUAUGCCAGCUGAAAUGCGAAUGCUUUUUGACACAUUGACCAGGUUUUUAUGGACGGAAACUGAUGGAGGUUUUAUUAUAAAGACCUCAUGGGAAAAUGUAUGUAGAUCCUUAGUCCUUGCAAUGAAAUAGAAAAAAAAACAUUUGAUAUGAAAAAUUAUGAAACUCCUGUUCUACACAUCGCAAUGUCACUGACAGGUUUAACGAAUGUGAAACAAAAUAAUGUUUGUCUUUUCUCCUGUCCUGUGCAAGCCAAACAAUAACACAUUGAUAAAGCAUUUCACUGUUUCCUUCAUCGUAUUCAAGAUCUUAUAUAAGGGAACGGAAACGAAUUCAUUGUCAAAUAUGUUUUACAACUGCAACUGUACCUUUUUGUUUGUGAAAGUAAAUUGAAUGUUCCGAUGAUUUUAACAUUGAAGGAUAACGUUUGUGUCGAUAUAUGUGUAUUGCAAUGUAUUGCAUUCGCUCAGGAGGUUUUGUUAAAAACCUCGACCAGAGUAAUGAGGACGGAGAUUGAUGAUUGUCGUGGAAAAACUUCCUUAUAAUUAUAAUAUUGUUUUUCUUGUUGUUUGAUAUAUUCAUGAUAAUCUAUGAUGUGUUAUAUACUGAAUGCUCGUUUGAAGUGCUUCGGUGUUGAAUAGUAGUAUCAUCAAAAAUAGUUUUGUGUAUGAAUGUUUCUUUCCGACUGAAAAUAAAACCUAUCAGAAUGUUUUUUGAAAUGACUGAAUUGGCGAAAUAAAUGAGUUUAAUGAUUUAAACAAGACUAGUACAUGUUUCUUCAGUCAACGUCUUUAUGUUUUGUUUUGGUAAAUUGUUUACCUUAAUACUGAAUAACAGAUUUCAAAAAGUUGUCAUUAAUCAUGAUUUGUUAAGUGAAUAUCAAUGAGGUUUUAGACAAGGAUAUUCAACAGUGGAAGAUAUGUUUGUCAUAAAUAUGUUAAUAGACUUACUUCAUAAUUCAAAGAAAAACUUAUUUUGUGCAUUAAUAGAUCUUAAAGGAGCAUUUGAUACCAUAAACAGAAGCUACUUGUGGCUUAAAUAAGAUAAAUUGUGUAUAGCAGGGAAAUUUAUACAAAUUGUAAAAAAAUAUGUAUGAAAAUGCUAAAAGUUGUGUACGUGUUAAUGGUGUAAAGUCAAACUAUUUUCCUUGUACUAUAGGUGUAAGGUAGGGCCAGAGCCUUUCUCCGUUGUUAUUUUCUAUGUUUGUAAACGAUUUGCAUAGCUUCUUUACAAAUAGUAACAUUGUUAAUGGUACAAUUGUGUAUAAACAUGAUGAUGAUGUUCGUUUGAUAUAUUUUUUAAAGUUAUUUGUAUUGCUCUAUGCAGAUGACACAGUCAUAUUGGCAGAAUCAUAUACAGAUCUGCAAAAUGCUCUAAACAUAUAUGAAAAUUAUUGUAAAAGAUGGCAACUUACUGUUAACACCACUAAAACCAAAGUGCUUAUUCUUUCGAAGGGAAGACGUGUUGAACACGAAUUCCUUCUAUGCGAUGAUAAAUUAGAAUUAGUAAACGAAUAUGAAUAUUAAGGUGUGUUAUUUAGUAGAAGUGGUUCUUUUUUCAAAGCAAAGGAAUAUAUCGCAAAGCAAGCCACAAAAGCUAUGCUUGUUUUGUUGAAGAAAGCUAGAUAUCAUUGUCUUUCUAUUGAAUUGCAAAUUGAUUUAUUUCACAAAGUUGUCAAACCUAUUUUAUUAUAUGGAUGUGAAUGUUGGGGUUAUGGUAAUAUUAAUAUUCUCGAGAAAGUGCAACUUAAGUAUUUGAAAUAUGUGUUAGGUGUCAAGAGCAGUACACCAAACUGUAUUCUAUAUGGCGAAACUGGUGUUAAACCUCUAAAUAUUGACAUUAAUACUCGUUUGAUUGACUUUUGGUCAAAAUUAAUAACCCCGCCGUUACCUAAACUUACUGUAUCUUUAUAUAAUAUUGUCCUAAGUAGAUUUAUGUUUUCCGAAAAUCCACGACAGUCCCAUUUCCAGUGGAUUCGUAAUAUUAAAGAAAUAUUGAUUAAAUGCGGGCAUAUUUACAUUUGGCAGAGUCAUGACAUUUUAAACAGAUCAUGGUUUAAGAAAACUGUUUAUCAAAAAUUGUCCGAUCUCUUUAUUAAUGAAUGGUUUUCUACUAUAAAUACAUCUAGAAAAUGUAUAAAUUAUAGAUUGUAUAAAGAAAAUUUGAAUUUGAAAAUUAUCUUGUACAGACACCUUACAAACUCUUGCGAUAUAUGAUAAAAUUUAGAACUAGAAAUAAAAAAAUACCUGUUGAAAUUGGAAGCUGGAAUAAUGUAGAAAACAACGAUAGAAAAUGUUUAUUUUGUAACGAUAAUAGCAUAGGAGAUGAACAUCAUUAUUUAUUGGAAUGUCAAGAAUUUGUUAGUAAAAAAAGUUGUCUUGAUAAUAAAUAUAUUAGACAUCUAAAUACUAUUAAAUUUAAACAAGAAAUGCAAAUAAGACCUGAUUCAGGUAUACAUUUUGAAAAACUCUGUAAGCUUAUUAAAGAUAUAAUGGUUAGAUUCUCUUAAUGAUACAUAUAUUGAUGUAUUUUGUUUCCCUUUUAAUGCCACCUCCAUUAUAAAGGUAUAAUGUCAAUAUUGGAUGUCACUGAUUGAAUUUAUUGAUUCUUAUAGAGUAUGUCUUAAAAUGUUGAGACUAUUCUCGUUCUUUACAUAGUUGUGUAUAUAUAUAUUUCAAUACUCUUUUUGUCAUGUUUUGUGACAUGAGUUAUACGAAAUAAACUU